CGAUAAAUGUCAAGACGUGGCCAGUGCGUGGCUGUCAUCGCAUGCAUACGUAACCUCUCACUUCGAGUAAACUUUCCAACUUUGACUUUCGUAGUCGUAUGGAAGCAGUCAUCAUUUGCGCUUCGCAAAAAAAUUAAAGAAAGAUGUUUCAGAAAGUAUUGUAUUUCCUCCUCCUCGCCGUUUUAACGGUAAACUGCAACACGGACGAGGAAUCCAGUCCCAGACUGUUGGUGUUUAAGCAAAUUUUGAAUAAAUAUCUCGUUGAAAAUAUGGACAUCGUUGUUAAAUAUACUUUAUUUAAUGUUGGGAGCGCCGCUGCUAUUGAUGUUAGGUUAGUUGAAACCGGAUUUCAUCCUGAAGCUUUUCAAUUAGUUGGAGGGCAAUAUGAAGCUGCUAUCGACAGGAUUGCUCCACAGACCAAUGUGACACAUGUUGUUGUAGUUAGACCCAUUCAAUAUGGAUAUUUUAACUUUACUAGUGCUAAAGUUAACUAUAAAAUGUCUGAUGAAGCUAAAACAUAUCAAGUAUCCUUUAGCAGUGAGCCUGGAGAAGGUGCCAUAAGUGCUUUCCGUGACUACGAUAGGAAAUUCUCUUCACACGUAUUUGAUUGGCUGGCUUUUGCUGUAAUGACUAUGCCAUCUUUAGCAAUUCCCUUCUUCCUUUGGUACAGCAGCAAAAGCAAAUAUGAAAAAUUAGCAAAACCUGUCAAAAAACAUUAGAUUUAUUUUGUUAAUUGUAGUUAUUAAUUUUUUUAUUUAUCGUACAAAACAUUCUUCAACAUUCAUCUUCAACACAGAAUGUCAUUAACUUUGUUAUUACAAAUGAAAUAAAAACAACAUUUCUUUUUCUAA